AUGGUGCUUCUGACAUCCUCAACUGUCUCGGUCAUUGUAUCCUCCAGCGUUAUCUGCGUAUUUACGCUGCUUCUCUUCCUCUCGGGCUAUGUGCUCCAACAACAAUCCGUCAAGGGCAUCCAGACUGCUCUACGCCCCCCGCCUAUUCCAGAUCCCAUUGCUGGACACGGAUCAGCAGAUUCGACAUUCCAGAAACGCGCGCAGGGAGCCCUAUCAGAUUUGAUAUCCGACCAGCAAAAAGCUGCCCGCGAUCACAGCCAACCAGGAGCAGGAGGCAACUACGCUUAUCUCCAGCUGCUGUCCACUCCCGAUCCCUCCAAUAUCUGCUCUGCCAUCCUCUUCUUCAAACAUCUCGCCACUAAUGGCACCGCCAUAAACGACCGGUUGUUUAUGUAUCCGCAAGAAUGGGAUCUCAUGCCAGUGGACAAACUAUCCCAGCCCGUCGCGACGGCCCUAUCACUCCUCCGCGCCGCAAGCUUGAAGUAUAACAUCUGGCUUCUCCCAAUUGACAUGACAGCCGCAACAUCGGCGGGGUAUCGCCCUACAGACACAAAGCUACUACGCCUGGGCCAGAUCCAGUUCAUGCAGUACGACAGCGUACUCUACGUCCGGACACCUGGCCUGCUACUCGACUCAGGCAAGCUGGAUGACGUGCUGCUUUCCCAACCACUGCCCCUGAAGCAUGAUAAGAAUCGGCGCGAGUCGUUCAACAACGAGGCGUGGAUUCCAAUGCCUCUGAGAGCGGACCGGGAUGCGACACUUCCGCCGGUGUAUUUGAUCACGGUCAACAAUGUGAAGAACGGCCAAAUCGAAGCCCGUGGUCACAUCCCGAACGUGGUCCUCCCGGGCUUUGGAGGGUUAGUAUCUGGUCCCUGGGGUCUCCAUUCCUCUAGGAGCAAGGCGGAUCCUUCAGAAGACGGGCCGGGAUAUGUCUUCUUCGAAGAGGAUGAAGAAGGGCAGGUCAAAUGGGCGGAGAACCCAGUGUUUGGUUCUUGGAGGGCUCAGCAGUAUGAAGUAUGCAAAGGAAUCGAUUUUGAUGAUUCUGCACAUGAUAAUGAUUAUUACCGUUAA